AUCUGUGCCUUUUCUAGGCAAAUUAGUAGGAUCAUUUUCUCUCACACAGCCAAAUCCUUCUAAUUCAAGGUAACAAACAAAACUGAUAAUUAAAUAGUAUUUAUUAUAAUCUAGGAAUUAUGGGUAAAGUAAAUUUGACACAGUAAACAUAUUUUUUAUGUGUCAGUAUGCCUUCCAGUACAUUGGGGCCCACUGGACAUUAAAUCUGUGUAAUCCAUUUAUGUUCAUUUUAAAGCAGUCAGAACAGCUUUUGUUUUAUAUGAUUAUAGGGUUUUGUGAUAAAAUACGCAUAACAUAAAAUGUAGCAUCUUAACCAUUUUUAAGUGUACAGUUCUGUGACAUCAAGUUCAUGCACGCUGAUGUGCAACUGUGGAUUGUAAAACAUGGCCUUUGCUUGGGUGACAUUGGUGAUACCAGGCUUGCCUACAGUGUGAAUCUUGACUGAGAAGACAUGCACUGCAUGAGAAGGAGGGGUAACUUAUUUUUGCAUCAUCUUGUAUUGUUUUGUCCUCACAGCACUUUGUCUUCCUUCUGGGCCAUAUAUUAAAUGAUUGAGGAAUUUUUCAAACAAAAACUAAUUGCAGAGUUUCCAGUUGACCAGCAUUCAUCGGAUGCAAAGCAAUGGAAGGAUAUGUAAAAUGUUUCACACCUCAAAUAUCUUUAUCAUAUCUGCUGCACAUAAAUGCAGUUGUGUAUCAUAUGUUGGAAGACUUCUAAAAAUGAAUUGUGAAUGAGAAACUCAUACUCUAGUGGUACUAUAAUGAAGACAAACACAGAGAUGGUGUGUCUAAGAAAUUUCAAAAGGUGUCGGCCUCCUGAUUGAAGCACAGUCAACUUAUUGGAUUCACCUUUUUCAUCCAUUCCUGGACUCCUACAAGGGAAAGUCAUGAUUACACUAACGGAGCUGAAAUGUUUAGCAGACGCCCAGUCAUCCUAUCACAUCCUAAAACCAUGGUGGGACGUCUUCUGGUAUUACAUCACCCUGAUCAUGCUGCUGGUGGCCGUGCUGGCCGGAGCUCUCCAGCUCACACAGAGCAGGGUUCUGUGCUGUCUUCCAUGUAAGGUGGAAUUUGACAAUCACUGUGCCGUGCCUUGGGACCUCCUGAAAGCCAGCGCCAACAUGUCCUCCUCUGAUCCCGGGACCCCGCUUCCACUCCCCCUCAGAAUCCAGAAUGACCUCCACCGACAGCAGUACUCCUACAUCGAUGCCGUCUGUUACGAGAAGCAGCUCCACUGGUUCGCCAAGUUCUUCCCCUACCUGGUGCUCCUGCACACACUCAUCUUUGCAGCCUGCAGCAACUUCUGGCUUCACUACCCCAGUACCAGUUCCAGACUCGAGCAUUUCGUGGCCAUCCUCCACAAGUGCUUCGAUUCUCCGUGGACCACCCGUGCCCUGUCCGAAACGGUGGCCGAGCAGUCCGUGAGGCCCCUGACCCUUUCCAAGUCCAAAGUCCUGCUUUCGUCCUCAGGGUGUUCAGCCGACGUUGAUUCCAGCAAGCAGUCAUUGCCCUACCCACAGCCUGGCUUGGAGUCAGCUGGCAUCGAAAGCCCCACUUCCAGCGUCCUGGAUAAGAAGGAGGGCGAACAGGCCAAAGCCAUCUUUGAAAAAGUGAAAAGGUUCCGCAUGCACGUGGAGCAGAAGGACAUCAUUUACAGAGUGUAUCUGAAGCAGAUCAUCGUGAAGGUCAUUCUGUUUGUCCUCAUCAUAACCUACGUUCCGUAUUUUCUAACCUACAUCACACUUGAAAUUGACUGUUCGGUCGAUGUACAAGCUUUCACGGGCUACAAGCGCUACCAGUGUGUCUACUCCUUGGCAGAAAUAUUUAAGGUCUUGGCUUCAUUUUAUGUGAUUUUAGUUAUACUUUAUGGUCUCACCUCCUCCUACAGCUUAUGGUGGAUGCUGAGGAGUUCUCUGAAGCAAUAUUCCUUCGAGGCGUUGAGAGAAAAGAGCAACUACAGCGAUAUCCCUGAUGUCAAGAAUGACUUCGCCUUCAUCCUCCAUCUGGCCGAUCAAUAUGACCCCCUCUAUUCCAAACGCUUCUCCAUAUUCCUGUCAGAGGUCAGUGAGAACAAACUGAAACAGAUCAACCUCAAUAACGAAUGGACGGUUGAGAAACUAAAGAGUAAGCUUGUGAAAAACUCCCAGGACAAGGUAGAACUGCAUCUUUUUAUGCUAAAUGGUCUUCCAGACAAUGUGUUUGAGUUGACAGAAAUCGAAGUGCUCAGCCUGGAGCUCAUCCCUGAGGUCAAGCUGCCCUCCGCCAUCUCCCAGCUGGUCAACCUCAAGGAGCUUCAUGUGUACCAUUCGUCCCUCCUGGUGGACCACCCGGCGUUGGGCUUCUUGGAGGAGAACUUAAAAAUCCUCCGCCUGAAAUUUACCGAAAUGGGGAAGAUCCCACGCUGGGUAUUUCACCUGAAGAAUCUCAAGGAACUUUAUCUGUCGGGCUGUGUUCUCCCUGAGCAGUUGAGUACCAUGCAGCUGGAAGGCUUUCAAGACUUAAAAAACCUGAGGACCCUCUACUUGAAGAGCAGCCUGUCCCGGAUCCCACAAGUCAUUACAGACCUCCUGCCUUCACUGCAGAAGUUGUCCCUCGAUAAUGAGGGAAGCAAACUGGUGGUGUUGAACAACUUGAAAAAGAUGGUCAAUCUGAAAAGCCUGGAGCUGAUCAGCUGUGACCUGGAACGCAUCCCACACUCCAUUUUCAGCCUGAACAACCUGCAUGAAUUAGAUCUAAAAGAAAAUAACCUUAAAACGGUGGAAGAGAUCAUUAGCUUUCAGCAUCUCCAGAAUCUUUCCUGCCUGAAGUUGUGGCACAAUAACAUUGCUUAUAUCCCUGCCCAGAUCGGGGCGCUAUCUAAUCUAGAGCAGCUCUCUUUGAACCACAAUAAUAUCGAGAAUCUGCCCCUGCAGCUUUUCCUAUGCACCAAACUACAUUAUUUAGAUCUAAGCUAUAACCACCUGACCUUCAUUCCAGAAGAAAUCCAGUAUCUGAGUAAUUUGCAGUACUUUGCCGUGACCAACAACAAUAUUGAGACGCUACCAGAUGGGCUGUUUCAGUGCAAAAAGCUGCAGUGUUUACUUUUGGGGAAAAAUAGCCUGAUGAGUUUGUCCCCUCACGUGGGUGAGCUGUCGAACCUGACUCAUCUGGAGCUCAUUGGUAAUUACCUGGAAACACUUCCUCCUGAACUGGAAGGAUGUCAGUCCCUAAAACGGAGUUGUCUGAUUGUAGAGGAGAAUUUGCUCAACACGCUUCCUCUCCCUGUAACAGAACGUUUGCAGACGUGCUUAGAUAAAUGCUGACCUAAGGAGAAAAUAAUGUUUAAAAGUUUGCCCCAGGGCUUUAAAUGAGAACUAAGAUUUUCUAAGUUAUAAAGAUGAAAAAUGGAUAAUAAUUAUGACUAACUAUAACCAAAUAUCUUUAAAGCAACUCAGUGUCUAACUCUAAAUUAAACAGGUAAAAAGUGUUAACACUGAACUUAAGUCUUGUGAAUAACUGAUCUUUAACUUAAUAAGACGUGAGAAGUACACUUCGAGGGUGACAUGGGGGACAUGAAAUUGUUGAAUCUCUACGUUACAGUUUUUACCUUGAAGAUUAGAUACUCUUUCAUCUCCUUCCCCUAGUCCUCAUUACUUACUUAUUUGCACACUUGUUUUAACGGACUUCCUGCUUUGAUAUUUAUCACCUAGACCAUAAAUUCAUCAAUAUAGAUGUCCUUGGUGUAUAUUCUACACUGUCUUUGAUUUAUGUUCUGAAAUAUUUUUAGGCAGGGUGUACAUUGUGCUUGGCCGAAUUCCUUGCUGGAGUCUUCCUUCAUCUUUUACUUCCUGUCCA